AUGGAAGAAGCAUUCAACCGUAUGUCCGUCUCAACAAGCGAGAGCUCGUCAUCAGCCCUCGGCUUGGAGCUCGAAUCGCGUACACUACGACGCCGGCGGUCAGCGGCGUCAGCAGCGCUUCUCUCGCGGCCUUCGAUGCUAUCCUUGGGCGACCUGACACCUUCGUUCGAAACGUGUGUGCUGGUCUACCUCUCCUCGGACUCCCACGCCCACACCAGCGGGGUUGCCGCCCUUCGACUGAUCUACGCCCUGUUCGAGCCGUCCUUCCUGGUCGAUGGGACCUCGCAAACCGUUCGUAAAUUGGAUCGCCCAUCAUGGGAGCGACUCCGGUCUCACGUCGAGGAUCUUCGCAUCGUUGCGCUCUCCUCUCGCUACGAUGAAGGUCUCACAGAGCCUCCUACUCCCACGACGCCGUGCGCUGCGCCACUGCGCAAGCCCGACUGCGUGUUCGAUCUCUCGAUGCCAACUGAUGACCCGACGCAGCGAAUUGUGUCGCAGAUAUAUUUGCAACCGGCGUCGUACGCGUCGGUGCCGGCGAGAUGCAAGGACGAGCUGUUGGAGAUCGAGAUCCAUGCGCCGUCUCAGGCGGAAGAGCAGAGAAGAGUGUGUCUGCCCGCCCAGGUGAGGGCCGUGCUGCACGACGCGGAGCUGCUCAUGAAGGAAGGCGUUGCGCCGUUGACCCCGCUGUCCGCUCCGAGCAUGGGGAAGGCCAGCACCACAGGUGGAACGGGAGAAGCAGCGUUUGCGGAGACGCGCGAUCGCAUCCUCCGCCUUGUUCAGGAUCCAGCUCCGGAAGCAUAG